AUGGUCAAGCGAAGGGCGUCAGAUGCGCUCGAAGACGAGGAGCGGAGUAUCAAAAGACUCCAGCAAAACAAACCGGAUCGGCUGUCGAGGCUCAGCCACGAAUUGACGCUCAGAGUGCUUUCGUUUCUGCCCGUGCCCGACCUCAUCACCUGCCAGAGCGUGUCGCAACAUUUCCACCGCCUCGCUGGCGACUCACAACUAUGGAAGGCACUCUACUACAAUCGAUUUGUCCGUCCGAGGGCAUCGCGCAUACCUGGAAUUAACGAAUCUGGAGUGCCUGCCGAAAGUUUGUGGUACUCGAGCAAGCUCUCUAGAUGGCUGGACGAGGAUAACCUGGUCAGAAGAGGAAAGGAGACAAAUUGGAAAAGACAGUACAAGACGCGGCAUAAUUGGACAAAGGGCACAUGCGGCGUCAGCGAGGUUCCUGUCUCACCGGAGCCAUCCGUUCCGCCAACACUGCUUCAGAUGCAUGAUGGCAUUAUCGUCAUGGCCGACAAUCUGCAUGGUUUGCGCGCAUGGUCAUCUCAGUCAGGCCGAGAUAUGCUAGCUACCAUGACAUUUCCUGCCAAGGCCAGUCCUCCCUCGGCUUUGACGGUCGAUUCUGCACCUUCAUCCUCAACCGUCACCAUUGCUGUAGGCUUUCAAGACGGCUCGUUUACCAUCUACGACCUUCAUGUUUUCCAGUGUCGUUUUGUUUCUCGUUACUCUCACGAGCCUUCUUCCAACGGCUUGGUCUCGGCCGCCGCUUUGUCUUUUCCCUAUCUCGCAACCAUGACCGCGAGCCAACUCCUUUCCUUCUAUAAGUUUACGCCGACUGAAGACGAAGCAUCAGAGGACACAAAUCUGGAACCUCCGCGCUUAUUGCAGUCGUUACAUUCGCGCACCGUCUGGCCACCUCUUACCCUAUCUAUCCGACCACAGACAGAUACCGUCCUCGUGUCAAUCGCCUACUCCCUACCCACAUAUCUCAGCGGCUGGACCGUUGGCAUUCAGGAAAUGCGUCUGACUUUGGACGGCACCCUCAUCGAAUCACGUCUUACUUCAGCGAUCGACCAAAAUUACCGUCCUCUCACCUUCAACGCCUCCAACCCACCACCGACACCAACUCCACAAACAAUACCUCCCUUCGGUCACUUCAACACUUCUGAAGCCAACCAAAUUCAUUCCAAACCAACCUCCCUUUCCUACUCCCACCCUUAUCUAUUAGUCUCUCAUCCCGACAACACACUAACCCUCUACCUCGUCUCUUCAACCACCGACUCUCUGAAGAUCAGCCCAGGCAACAGACUCUGGGGCCACACUUCCUCAGUGUCGGGAGCCCACGUCGGCGGCCGCGGCAAAGCAGUCUCAGUCAGCACCCGCGGCGACGAACUCCGCGUCUGGGAGCUCGAAGGCGGAUUCGCUUCUGCAUCUGCCCGUCGCCGUCUAGCAGCCGGCGAAUUGAGCGUGCAGUUGCGACCUGAGAAGCCAUCAUCCUCAUCUCCAGAAGAGGACACCUCGACCUCCCUCAGCAAGGCGAGAGGUAUUGGAUUGGGUGCUGCACUCAAAGACAAAGGCAUAGAUGAGACCAGUAUGACGAGAGGGUUUAUUGGUUUUGACGAUGAAAAAGUAGUUGUGCUGAGGGAACGGCAUUGUGGGAACCAGGCUUUGGUGAUUUAUGAUUUUACAUAG